AUGGUUUCAAUUAUGGAUGUAGAAUCGGAUAGACAGGUCUGUGAUAAUCGGGUAAUAGUGUCGCAAAGUGCGGUUAGCCAAAAAUCGAUUGAUCUAGAUAUCUCGCUCAGGCCAAUCAUCUCAUCGACAGCAGAUCGCGAUACGGGUAAUUUGGAGCUGGUGGCACACGUGGUAACAGGUACGGCCGCCAACCUGCCGGAAACACCGCAGCAACCCGGCACGUCCGCCGGGUUACCGGCUUACCAACACGAUGUUACCGAUACGGAUCUGGCGAAGAGAAGCAUGAAGUUAAACUUAGUAGAUACAGCUAACAUCGGGAACGCUCGCGACAUUGGGCUACCAGCGGAGUUGAUCAACGCAGCAUCAUCGAGCACCGGUGCUGGUGCUGCUAGUGCGGGCACUGUUGUUACCACUACCGCCGCCAUCAUCAUGAAACAUCGCAAACUGAAGGAACGAACGUUUAGCGAUGAAAUUGGCUCACCAAAAUCACCUGCUGCAACAGUAGAAGUAGUCGACGACCGUAAGGCACUAAGGGAUGCACUGUACCAAGGAAUCUUUCAUCGACAUCGUCGAACGAUCUUCGCGGUAGGAAGCUUUUUGCGAAUGCUGAAAAGCCGAAAUUCCUCGUACAACACGAUACGCAGCUCGUCGGAGGGAGAGGAUGAUACGAAGUAAGAAUGCGUGGCCGUUACGCGUAAGAUAAUGUUACUGUUAAUACGCAAAAGAAAAAAAACACAAUAGAGUUUUCACAAUUGCCUAAACAUGUUGAAUAAUUUCAACGACAUCUGUCGGUUAUCAUUUACUUAGUUACGUAGCCUAGCUCCCCAGAAAGGAUGCAUGUUAAGCCCACCGAACCCUACAAACCUAUAAUCAAUACGACCUUCCUCCCCGCCCAGUUUGAUCUUGAUUUGUAUGUUUCUCUAUGUGUUUUUGAUUUAGAAAACAAUCUGCCUUAGGAUUAGUGGAAAAAAAACCGACAGUAAAUAGUAUUUUUUACAUAACGUCUUACAGAUCUGAACAAUGUGUAGUUUAGCGAACAAGAAAACGAAAACAAAACUCGGAGCAAACGGAUUGGAUCUCUUUUGUUAGUUUGUAGCUAAAUAUUGUAUUGAUUUAAUGUGCUACGAAUGACAGUAUAAAGUGCAAUCGACAUUCAGCUGAAGUUACAAUGCGAAUAAAAUGACCAAUUUGUACGACAGUGAUAUAUUAUAGUAGAUCAACAGGGACGACAUGUUGUCAAAACCAUAGCUUUUUUCUGUAUCCUGUGCAUUCCUUGAUGCUAUAGCCAUUGAUUAGGUAAUACGUUAUUAACAACCAACACAACCUUCCUCGUAGAAGAGCUUACAGAUACUCAUAACGACGGGCACGGCGUUCGAUUCAUGUUGGUUUGAACAAUCGAGCCGUGUAAUCAAUGCUAUCAUCCAUUCAUAAGUCUGUUACAUACGCAAUAAGUGAUAAAUAUGCAGUUUUUAGCGGAAAUACAAACCAGCUCAUGAUUGUUUUUCCUUAAUUUAGAUCGUCCUAGUGCGAUAGAAUUGUUCAAAUACGUCGUGGAAUAUUAACAUGAAUUUUAGCAACACUAUCAUAUAUUUUAUGUGUUAGGAGAAUUUCCCGAGCUUUUGUUGUAGUUGGGUUAUAUAAAAAUAUGCCCAAAAUAUGAGGCGUUCGAGUUCUUAUGAUAUCAUUUAUUGCUUCAUACGUUUUGAUAUACACUUCUAGAUAUUUUUAUGAUUUCCAUCAUUCAUCAUAAUUGUUUGUUGUAGUGAAAAGAACGGUUUAAAAGCACUCAUUAGGCAAUAUUUCGAAGUGCAGUGUAUGGCACAAGGAUAUUAUAUGUUGAUAUCAUGUGGAACACGAUUUCAAAUGUACGAAGAUUUAUCAAAAUAUUAACUGCCAAUUGAAACAAUCAAGUUGUAGUGAGCAAAGUUAACAAGGAGUAUGCGAACAAUAUCAAGCAAAUUGAUAAACAUAGCCGGAAGAACAUAAACAAAAAAACACUGAUGUAAUAAUUGAAAGCUUUUGUGUCACCACAAGAAAUGAGUCAAGAAUGCAUAGUGUAGCGAUCGGCUCUUGCAGCAUUAGUUUCAACCCCGGGGAAAAAGAGGCAAAACUUGCAAAAUGUAAUGAUAUUGCAAAACAACCAAAAAAAAAACGAAUCAAGAUCCCGCCUGUUAGAAUUGAAAUAAAAAGUGUAGAUCGUCUGAAAUGAUCCUCGGACAAACUCUGACAAACCAAAUAACUGAAUAUGAUAACGAAACGUAGACACUGUUAUAGGCUCAUACAGUUAAACCGAUAUGAUAAUUGCGAAUUCUUUACUGGAUGUCAAAGUUUUAUACGCAAAUGGACCACCCAUAUGUGAGCCGAGACAUCAGGCGCUUAAGAAAACAAACAAACAAAAGGAUGGAAAAUAAACGUAACCAAAAAUAAAAUAGCUAAAUUAGUUUUAAAAUAAUUGCUAGCCGUGACGUGUAUGUUAAUAUUGUGCAGUAAAAAAGUUUUUUGUUAAGCAUUACUAUUACCACGAUAUCCACGACGGCCAAGAGCGACAGUGUCACACAGUUUUAAAACCCCCAAAAAGGUAAUACCAAAAGUGGACGAUAGCGUCAAAUCCAAGAUCCGACCGGUACGCUGAAUUUGUGGUUAAAAAGCAUUAAAAAACUGAAUGUAUAUACGUGUGGUAAAAGGCAGAUCAAUGAGAGAAGUUAUUGAAAACCAACGCAAACAAUAUAUACUGUAAUACACCAGAAGCAGCUAACACGUGUGCGAAUUAGAUUUGGGAAUAAAGACACAAAUUGUGUUACUAUCUUAUGUGU